AUGCUACAACUACUUCAUCUGUAAACCAAGAAAUACAAAAGAAAGAAAUCACAAGUGACAAACAGCUGGACACUGAAACUAGUACUGAUAAAUAUACUAAAACAAGUGGAAAAUACAGGAAAGUUGAUGAACAGAUGUCUGCAACAAUAACGAGCACAACCCACCCAGAUGCCACAGACACAGCAAUCAGUAACAUCCAAGAAUCCAAGAAAUACAAUUCUGCAAAACUCAACGAAUGCUUUACCAUGGAACAAAUAGCAACUAUGGACACUACAGAUCUGACUCACUCUAGAACAGAUACAGAGCCAGGGGCUACUAGCACAAUCAUAAAAAGUGCUAGCCAAGUCAGUAUCACAGGCAGUCAUCCUCUUGAAACACAGUUACCAAUUAUCACACAAAGUUCUGAUUUAGUGGCAGAGGACAAUGUAGAGACAGCGACAGUGCAGCCUGAGUCAAUGACCUCCACUGGAAUACCAUCACGAAUUGAGGUUACAAGCAGCCUCCAUGCAGAAGCAGGCUUGAAGGAGAAACAGGAACCAGACAUCAAUGUCAAGGCACAGAUGGAUUUUGACAAUAUGGAAGAAAAAUACAGCGUGUCCUCAAAGUAUAACAAACAUGAUACUGCAGAAAUAAAUACAGUUACACCAGAAUCUGAGUCUACAACAUCCACCAGACCACCAUUACAACUGGAGUUUAGCAUACAUGCAAAUGAUUUGAUGGAGCCAGAUGAUUCAGAAAACAAUGUCAUUUUACAGACUGCUCCCAUCAAUAAAGAAAAAGAAAAAGACAGUGAAACUAUCCAAUUUACACCUGAACUAGUUACCGAAGAGGAACCAGAUAUUGCACCACCUUCAAGUCAAGCUCAACAGCCUACAGCCAAAAUAAAAGACAUGCCAGAUUUGGAGCAACAGACUAAGUUAAGCGGUUUAGUAAUUUCCACUGAAGAUGCGUCAAGUCUGUUGAUGGUAGAUAGUCAUCAAGCUUGUUCAUUAUCAGAAGUUGAUGUGUUGCAAACUACUAAACAUGAAGUCCAAGAUAGCCAAGAAAAGCAAGACACAACAAUCUCAACUGAUAAAAACAAACAUGACAAUGAAGUUUCAGCAAAAGGAGAAAGCAAGUCUUUACAACCAUUAAGUGCUCCAAAGAAAAGCAAAAAGAAGGUGGUUUCAACCCAAGCAUACCCUAAAGAUGAUGAUACAACUAGCAUAAAACUCCCAGAAGUGACAUAUACAGAACUGAGUUCCUCUUCAGAAUUAAUUAACCAAGAUAAACCCAAACCUUUAGACUCCUCAGAUUCAGCCACAAAACAAAUGGAAACUGUUGAUACCAAUGGAAAUUUAGAUUCCAAAGAAAGUACAGAAACACAACAAAGACCUACAAGCCCUGUGCUGAUGACUGUUAGCAAUGACAGUACCACAGACCUCCAUUCUCCUGACAUAAAAUCAAUAGAGAUUAAGGUUGUCAUCCAGAAGGAGGUUUCUGUUUUAGUAACAGAUGAACCUUCAGAGACAUUAGAAGCAAACUCUAAAUCCACAGUUACAACCACCAUGACGGUACAUGCAGAACAAGACUUGAAGAAAAGAAAGGAUUCAGACGGCAGUACUGGCCUACAGCAAACUACUAAACAUGUAGACCAAGAUUGCCAAGACAUUCAAGACACAACAAUCUUAACUGAUAAAAACACAAAUGACAAAGUAUCAGCAAAAGAAGAAGCCAACGAGUCUUCACAGCCAUUCAUUGCUUCAAAGAAAAGCAAAAAGAAGAAAAAGCUGGUUUUAAGCCAAGCUGACCAUAAAUAUUAUGAUUCAACUAGCACAAAACUUCCUGAAGCUACAGGUACAGAACCGAAUGCCUUUUUGAAGUCAAUCAACCAAGAAAAAACAAAAACCACAUACUCCACAGAUUCAGACACAAAACAAAAGGAAGCUUUGGACACCAGCGAUUCUAUUGAUUCCACAGAAAGUACAGAUACACAGCCAAGAUCUACAAGCCCUUUGCCGAUGUUUGUAAGCCAUGACAGUUCCACAGACAUCCAUUCUCCUGAUAUAAAAUCAAUAGAGAUUAAAGUUGUCAUCCAGAAGGAGGUUCCUGUUUCAAUAGCAGAGGAAACUUUAGAGACAUUGGAUAAAGACUCUGAGUCCACAGUUACGACCACCAUAACCUUACAUGAAGAACUAGACAUUAAAAAUAACCAAUUUAAACGUGAAUCAGUUAGCAAAGAGAAACCGGAUAUGACACCUUCAUCAAGUCAAGCUGAACAGCCUACAGCCACAAUGUCCGAUUUGGAGCAACAGACUAAGCUAAGUAAUUUAGUAAUUACCACUAAGGAAGUGGCAAGUCCAUUGAUGGCAGAUAGUGAUCAGGUUUCUACAUUAUCAGAAGUUGAUGUACAGGUAACACAUGGAGUUGAUACACCUGCAGCUGUUGAUGCUACCUCUUCUUCCUACCAGCAAACUAUUAAACAUGUAGACCAAGAUAGUCAAGAAAAGCAAGACACAACAAUCCCAACUGAUAAAAACACAAAUGACAAUGAGGAAUUAGCAAACGAAGAUGAGAGCGAAUCUUCAGAGCCAUUUAUUUUUCCAAAGAAAAGGAAAAAGAAGAAGAAGGUGGUUUUAAUUGAAGAAGACCACGAAGAUAAUGACACAAGUAGGACACAAGUUCAAGAAACCACAGAUGCAGAACUGAUUGCGUCUUUGGAAUCAAUUAGCCAAGAUAAAACCAAACCCACAGACUCCUCAGAUUCAUCCCUGAAACAAAAGGAAGCUGUUGACACCAGUGAUACAGUAGAUACCACAGCAAGUACAGACACACAGCCAAGAUCUACAAGCUCUGUGGUGAUGAUUGUUAGCCAUGACAGUACUACAGAGAUCCAGGUAACACUUGGAGUUGAUACACCAGCAGCUGUUGGUGCUACCUCUUCUUCCUACAAGCAAACUACUAAACAUGUAGACCAAGAUAGUCAAGAAAAGCAAGACACAACAACCCCAACUGCUAAAAACACAAAUGACAAUGAGGAAUUAUCAAGAGAAGAAGAGAAAGAGUUUUCACAGCCAUUCAGUGCUCCAAAGAAAAGCAAGAAGAAGAAGGUGGUUUUGAUUCAAGCUUACCAUCAAGAUAAUGGAACGACCAGCACAGAACUCCAGGAAGUAAUAGAUCCAGAACCGAGUGCUUUCUUAGAGUCAAUUAACCAAGAUAAAACCAAACAUACAGACUCCUCAGACUUAACCACAAAACAAAAGGAAACCGUUUACACCAGCGAUGCUGUAGAUGCCACAGAAAGUGCAGACACACAGCCAAGAUCUACAAGCCCUGAGGUGAUGAUUGUUUGCCAUGACAGUAUUACAGAGAUCCAUCCUCCUGAUAUAAAAUCAACAGAGUUUGAAGACGUAAUCCAGAGAAAAGAUUCUGAGUCAGUAGUAGAAGAAACUUCAGAGUCUAUGGUCUCUACUACAAUAACCUUACAUGCAGAUACCAAUUUGAUACAACCGAAUGCGACACGUUCCUCAAGUGAAGCUCAACAGCCUACGGCCAAAACGAAAGAAAUGUCAGAUUUGGAGCAACAGACUAAGCUCAGUAGUUUAGUAAUCACCACUGAGGAAGUGUCAAGUCUAUUGAUGGCGGAUAGUGAUCAGGCUUCUACAUCAUCAGAAGUCGAUGUGCAGGUAACACAUGGCGUUGAUACACCAGCAGCUGUUGAUGCUACCUCUUCUUCCUACCAGCAAACUACUAAACAUGUAGACCAAGAUAGUCAAGACAAGCAAGCUAUAACAACCCCAACUGAUAAAAACACAAAUGACAAUGAAGAAUUAGCAAAAGAAGAAGAGAAAGAGUUUUCACAGCCAUUCAGUGCUCCAAAGAAAAGCAAGAAGUCAAUCGAACAAGAUAAAACUAAACAUACAGACUCCUCAGACUUAACCACAAAACAAAAGGAAGCUGUUGACAUCAGUGAUACAGUAGAUGCCACAGAAAGUACAGACACACAGCCAAGAUCUACAAGCCCUGAGGUGAUGAUUGUUAGUCAUGACAGUACUACAGAGAUCCAUCCCCCUGAUAUAAAAUCAACAGAGUCUGAGGACGUCAUCCAGAGAGAAGAUUCCGAGUCAGUAGUAAAAGAAACUUCAGAGUCCAUGGCCUCUACCACCAUAAUCUUACAUGCAGAAUCCGACCUGAUACAACCAGAUGUGACACCUUCCUCAAGUGAAGCUCAACAGCCUACAGCCAAAACAAAAGACAUGUCAGAUUUGGAGCAACAGACUAAGCUCAGUAGUUUAGUAAUUACCACUAAGGAAGUGUCAAGUCUAUUGAUGAGAGAUAGUGAUCAGGCUUCUACAUUAUCAGAAGUUGAUGUACAGGUAACACAUGGCAUUGAUACACCAGCAGCUUUUGAUGCUACCUUUUCUUCCUACCAGCAAACUAUUAAACAUGUAGACCAAGAUAGUCAAGAAAAGCAAGACACAACAACCCCAACUGAUAAAAACACAAAUGACAAUGAAGAACUAGCAAACGAAGAUGAGAGCGAGUCUUCAGAGCCAUUUAUUUUUCCAAAGAGAAGGAAAAAGAAUAAGGAGGUGGUUUUAAUUGAAGAAGACCACGAAGAUAAUGACACAAGUCUUACACAAGUUCAGGAAACUACAUAUGCAGAACCGAUUGCAUCUUUGGAAUCAAUCAGCCAAGAUAAAACCAAACCCACAGACUCCUCAGAUUCAUCCCUGAAACAAAAGGAAGCUGUUGACACCAAGGAUUCUAUGGAUACCACAGCAAGUACAGACACACAGCCAAGAUCUACAAGCCCUGUGGUGGUGAUUGUUAGCCAUGACAGUACUACAGAGAUCCAUCCUCCUGAUAUAAAAUCAAGAAAGUUCGAAGACGUAAUCCAGAGAAAAGAUUCUGAGUCAGUAGUAGAAGAAACUUCAGAGUCUAUGGUCUCUACUGCAAUAACCUUACAUGCAGAUACCAAUUUGAUACAACCGAAUGCGACACGUUCCUCAAGUGAAGCUCAACAGCCUACAGCCAAAACGAAAGACAUGUCAGAUUUGGAGCAACAGACUAAGCCAAGUAGUUUAGCAAUUACCACUGAGGAAGUGUCAAGUCUGUUGAUGGCAGACAGUGAUCAGUCUUCUACAGUAUUCAGAGUUGAUGUACAGGUAACACAAGUUGAUACACCAGCAUCUGUUGAUGCUACCUCUUUGUUCUACAAGCAAACUACUAAACAUGUAGACCAAGAUAGUCAAGACAAGCAAGCUACAACAACCCCAACUGCUAAAAACACAAAUGACAAUGAGGAAUUAUCAAGAGAAGAAGAAAAAGAGUUUUCACAGCCAUUCAGUGCUCCAAAGAAAAGCAAGAAGAAGAAGGUGGUUUUGACUCAAGCUUACCAUCAAGAUAAUGGAACGACCAGCACAGAACUCCAGGAAGUAAUAGAUCCAGAACCGAGUGCUUUCUUAGAGUCAAUUAACCAAGAUAAAACCAAACAUACAGACUCCUCAGACUUAACCACAAAACAAAAGGAAACCGUUUACACCAGCGAUGCAGUAGAUGCCACAGAAAGUACAGACACACAGACAAGAUCUACAAGCCCUGAGGUGAUGAUUGUUUGCCAUGACAGUACUACACACAUUUAUCCCCCUGAUAUAAAAUCAACAGAGUUUGAGGACGUCAUCCAGAAAGAUCAUUCUGAGUCAGUAGUAGAAGAAACUUCAGAGUCUAUGGUAACUACCACCAUAACCUUACAUGCAGAACCGGACUUGACCCAACUGGAUGUGACACUUUCCUCAAGUCAAGGUCAACAGCCUAUAGCCAAAACAAAAGACAUGUCAGAUUUGGAGCAACAGACUAAGCUAAGUAGUUUAGUAAUUACCACUGAGGAAGUGUCAAGUCUGUUGAUGGUAGAUAGUGAUCUGGCUUCUACAGCAUCAGAAGUUGAUGUACUGGUAACACAUGGAGUUGAUACACCUGCGGGUGUUGAUGCUACUUCUUCUUCCUACCAGCAAACUACUAAACAUGUAGACCAAGAUAGUCGAGACGUUCAAGACACAACAAUCUUAACUGAUAAAAACACAAAUGACAAUAGAGUAUCAGCAAAAGAAAAAGCCAGUGAGUCUUCACAGUCAUUCAGUGUUCCAAAGAAAAGUAAAAAGAAGAAGAAGCUUGUUUUAACCCAUGCUGACCAUAAAGAUUAUGAUUCAACUAGCACAAAACUUCCUGAAGCUACAGAUACAGAGCCGAAUGCCUCUUUGAAGUCAAUUAAUCAAGAAAAAACAAAAACCACAUACUCCACAGAUUCAGCCACAAAACAAAGGGAAGUUGUGGACACCAGCGAUUCUAUUGAUUCCACAGAAAGAACAGAUACACAGCCAAGAUCUACAAGCCCUGUGCCGAUUAAAGUUGUCAUCCAGAAGGAGGUUCCUGUUUUAGUAGCAGAGGGACCUUUAGAGACAUUGGAUAAAGACUCUGAGUCCACAGUUACAACCACGAUAACCUUACAUGAAGAACCAGACAUUAAAAAUAACCAAUUUAAACCUGAAUCAGUUAACAAAGACAAACCAGAUAUGACACCUUCCUCAAGUCAAGCUGAACAGCCUACAACCACAAUGUCCGAUUUGGAGCAACAGACUAAGCUAAGUAGUUUAGUAAUUACCACUAAGGAAGUGUCAAGUCUAUUGAUGGCAGAUAGUCAUCAAGCUUCAACAUUAACAGAAGUUGAUGUACUGGUAACACAUGGAGCUGUUGAUGCUACCUCUUCUUCCUCCCAGCAAACUACUAAACAUGUAGACCAAGAUAGUCAAGAAAAGCAAGACACAACAAUCCCAACUGAUAAAAACACAAAUGACAAUGAGGAAUUAGCAAAAGAAGAUGAGAGUGAGUCUUUACAGCCAUUUAUUUUUCCAAAGAAAAAGAAGAAGAAGGUGGUUUUAAUUGAAGAAGACCACAAAGAUAAUGACACAAGUAUGACACAAGUUCAGGAAACCACAGAUGCAGAACCGAUUGCAUCUUUGGAAUCAAUAAACCAAGAUAAAGCCAAACCCACAGACUCCUUAGAUUCAGCCAUGAAACAAAAGGAAGCUGUUGACACCAAUGAUACUAUAGAUACCACAGCAAGUACAGACACACAGCCAAGAGCUACAAGCCCUGAGGUGAUGAUUGUUAGCCAUGACAGUACCACAGACAUCCAUCCUUCUGAUAUAAAACCAACAGAGUUUGAGGACGUCACCCAGAGAGAAGAUUCUGAGUCAGUAGUAGAAGAAACUUCAGAGUCUAUGGCCUCUACCACCAUAAUCUUACAUGCAGAUCCUGACUUGAUACAACCGAAUUUGACACGUUCCUCAAGUGAAGCUCAACAGCCUACAGCCAAAACGAAAGACAUGUCAGAUUUGGAGCAACAGACUAAGCCAAGUAGUUUAGUAAUUACCACUGUAAAAAAAUUGAAAGAGUUUUUACAGCCAUUCACUGCUCCAAAGAGAAGCAAACAGAAGAAGAAGGUGGUUUCGACCCAAGCUUACCAUCAAGAUAAUAGCACAACCAGUACAGAACUUCAAGGAGUAUUAGAUACAGAACCGAGGGCUUUCUUAGAGUCAAUCAACCAAGAUAAAACCAAACCCACAGACUCCUCAGAUUCAGCCCUGAAACAAAAGGAAGCUGUUGACACCAGCGAUACUAAAGAUACCACAGGAAGUACAGACACACAGCCAAGAUCUACAAGCCCUGUGGUGAUGAUUGUUAGCCAUGACAGUACUUCAGAAAGUCAUUUUGAGGAUGUCAUCCAGAGAGAGGUUUCUCAGUCAGUAGCAGAAGAAACUUCAGAGUCCAUGGUAACUACCACCAUAACCUUACAUACAGAUCCUGACUUGAAGGAGAAAAAGGAUUCAGCUAGUGCCACAGACAGUCAUACUCCAGAUACUAAAUCAGCAGAGAUUAAAGACAUUCAGAAGGAUUUUCCUGAUUUAGAAGCAGAAGACACUUUAAGAACUCUUAGAACAGAGACCCAAACACUGACACCAAUCACACUACCAACACAGCUGGAGUACAGCAUCCAUACAGAAGCAGCCUCAGAAGUGGAGACAAAGGAUUUAGACAGCAGUGCCAACAUACAGAUUGCACCUGACAAUAAAGAAAAAGAAACAGACAUUGAAAAUAACCAAUUUACACCUGAACUAGUUACCAAAGAGAAACCGGAUAUGACACCUUCGUCAAGUCAAUAUAGCCAAGAAAACCUAAGCACAACAAUCCCAACUGAUAAAAACAAAAAUGACAAUGAAGAAUUAGCAAAAGAAAAAGAGUUCAGUGCUCCAAAGAAAAGCAAGAAGAAGAAGGUGGUUUUGACCCAAUCUUACCAUAAAGAUAAUGGCGCAACCAGCACAGAACUUCAAGAAGUAAUAUAUACAGAACCAAGUGCUUUCAUAGAGUCAAAUAACCAAGAUAAAACUAAACAUACAGACUCCUCAGACUCAACCACGAAACAAAAGGAAGCUGUUGACACCAGUGAUACAGUAGAUGCCACAGAAAUUACAGACACACAGCCAAGAUCUACAAGCUCUGUGGUGAUGAUUGUUAGCCAUGACAGUUCCAUAGACAUCCAUCCAUCUGAUAAAACAUCAACAGAGUUUAAGGAUGUCAUCCAGGAGGAAGUUUCUGUGUCAUUAGCAGAGGACACUUCAGAGUCCAUGGUAACUACCACCAUAACCUUAAAUGCAGAAGGAGACUUGAAGGAGAAAAAUGAUUCAUCUAGUGCCACAGACAUUCAGAUGGAUGUUCCUGAUCUAGAAGCACAAGACACUUUAAAAACUCUGAAAAUGGAGACUGAAACAUUGACAACAGUCACACUACCACCACAGCUAGAGUUCAGCAUCCAUACAGAAGCAGCCUCAGAAGAAGAGACAAAGGAUUUAGACAGCAAUGCCAACAUACAGGUGCAGAUUGUUCCUGACUAUGAAGAGAAAGAAACAGACAUUGAAAAUAACCAACUUACACCUGAAUCAGUUAGCAAGGAGAAACCGGAUAUGACACCUUCCUCAAGUCAAGCUCAACAGUCUACAGACACAAUGUCAGAUUUGGAGCAACAGACUAAGCUAAGUAGUUUAGUAAUUACCACUGAGGAAGUGUCAAGUCUAUUGAUGGCAAAUAGUGAUCAGGUUUCUACAUUAUCAGAAGUUGAUGUACUGGUAACACAUGGAUUUGAUACACCAUCAGCUGUUGAUGCUACUUCUUCUUCCUACCAGCAAACUACUAAACAUGUUGACCAAGGUAGUCAAGAAAAGCAGGACACAACAAUCCCAACUGAUAAAAACACAAAUGACAAUGAAGAAUUAGCAAACGAAGAUGAGAGCAAGUCUUCACAGCCAUUUAUUUUUCCAAAGAAAAGAAAAAAGAAGAAGAAGCUGGUUUUAAUUGAAGAACACCACAAAGAUAAUGACACAAGUAAGACAAUGGAUCAAGAAGCUACAGAUACAGAACCGAGUGCUUCUUUGGAAUCAAUCAUCCAAGAUAAAACCAAACCCACAGACUCCUCAGAUUCAUCCCUGAAACAAAAGGAAACUGUGGAAUCCAGUGACACAGUUGAUUCAACAGAAAGUAUGAAAACACAUUCAAAAUCUACAAGCCCUGAGGUGAUGAUUGUUAGCCAUGACAGUACUACAGACAUCCAUCCUCCUGACAUAAAAGCAACAGAGUUUAAGGGUGUCAUUCAGAGAGAAGAUUCUGAGUCAGUAGUAGAAGAAACUUCAGAGUCAAUGGUCUCUACCACAAUAACCUUACAUGCAGAUCCCGACUUGAUGCAACCGAAUGUGACACCAUCUUCAUGUCAAGCUCAGCAGCCUACAGCCAAAAUAAAAGACAUGUCAGAUUUGGAGCAACAUACUAAGCUAAGUAAUUUAGUAAUUACCACUGAGGAAGUGCCAAGUCUAUUGAUGGCAGAUAGUCAUCAGUCUUCUACAUUAUCAGAAGUUAAUGUACAGGUAACACAUGGAGUUGAUACACCAGCUAAACAUAUAGACCAAGAUAGUCAAGAAAAGCAAGACACAACAAUCCCAACUGAUAAAAACACAAAUGACAAUGAAGACUUGGCAAAAGAAGAAGAGAAAGAGUUUUCACAGCCAUCCAGUGCUCCAAAGAAAAGCAAGAAGAAGAAAAAGGUGGUUUUGACCCAAGCUUACGCUAAAGUUUAUGGUGCAAUCAGCACAGAACUUCAAGAAGUAAUAGAUCGAGAACCGAAUGCUUUCAUAGAGUCAAAUAACCAAGAUAAAACCAAACAUACAGACUCCUCAGACUCAACCAUGAAACAAAAGCAAGCUGUUGACACCAGUGAUACAGUAGAUGCCACAGCAAGUACAGACACACAGCCAAGAUCUACAAGCCCUGUGGUGAUGAUUGUUAGCCAUGACAGUACUACAGAGAUCCAUCCCCCUGAUAUAAAAUCAACAGAGUUUGAGGACGUCAUCCAGAGAGAAGAUUCUGAGUCAGUAGUAGAAGAAACUUCAGAGUCCAUGGUAACUACCACCAUAACCUUACAUGCAGAACCCGACUUGAAGGAGAAAAAUAAUUCAGCUAGUGCCACAGACCUUCAUCCUUCAGAUACUAAAUCAGCAGAGUUUGAAGACAUUCAGAAGGAUGUCCCUGAUUUAGAAGCAGAAGACACUUUAAGAACUCUUAGAACAGAGACCAAAACAUUGACAACAAUCACACUACCAACACAGCUGGAGUUGAGCAUCCAUACAGAAGCAGCCUCAGAAGUGGAGACAAAGGAUUUAGACAGCAGUGCCAACAUACAGAUUUCUCCUGUCAAUAAAGAAAAAGAAACAGACAUUGAAAAUAUGCAACUUACACCUGAACUAGUUACCAAAGAGAAACCGGAUAUGACACCUUCGUCAAGUCAAUAUAGCCAAGAAAACCUAGGCACAACAAUCCCAACUGAUAAAAACACAAAUGACAAUGAAGAAUUAGCAAAAGAGAAAGAGUUCAGUGCUCCAAAUAAAAGCAAGAAGAAGAAGAAGAAGAAGGUGGUUUUGACCCAAUCUUACCAUAAAGAUAAUGGCACAAUCAGCACAGAACUUCAAGAAGUAAUAGAUCCAGAACCGAGUGCUUUCAUAGAGUCAAAUAACCAAGAUAAAACCAAACAUACAGACUCCUCAGACUCAACCACGAAACAAAAGAAAGCUGUUGACACCAGCAAUACUAAAAAUACCACAGAAAUUGCAGACACACAGCAAAGAUCUACAAGCCCUGAGGUGAUGAUUGUUAGCCAUGACAGUACUUCAGAAAGUCAGUUUGAGGACGUCAUCCAGAGAGAGGUUUCUCAGUCAGUAACGGAAGAAACUUCAGAGUCCUUGGUAACUACCACCAUGACCUUACAUGCAGAUCCCGACUUGAUGGACAAAAAGGAUUCAGCUAGUGCCACAGACAGCCAUCAUCCUGACAUUAUAUCAGCAGAUCUUGAAGACAUUCAGAAGGAUGUUCCUAAUCUAGAAGCUGAGGACACUUUAACAGCUUUUAGAACAGAGAUCGAAACAUUGAUAACAAUCACACUACCAACACAGCUAGAGUUCAGCAUCCAUACAGAAGCAGCCUCAGAAGUAGAGACAAAGGAUUCAGACAGCAAUGCCAACGUACAGGUGCAGAUUGCCCCUGACAAUAAAGAACAAGAAAUAAACAUUGAAAAUAACCAAUCUACACUUGAACUAGUUACAGAAGAGAAACCAGAUAUGACACCUUCCUCAAGUCAAGCUCAACAGCCUACUGCCAAAACGAAAGACAUGUCAGAUUUGGAGCAACAGACUAAGCUAAGCAGUUUAGUAAUUACCACUGAGAAAGUGUCAAGUGUUUUGAUGGCAGAUAGUGAUCAGGCUUCCACAUUAACAGAAGUUGAUGUACAGGUAAAACAUGGAGUUGACUCACCAGCAGCUGUUGAUGCUACUUCUUCUUCGUACAAGCAAACUACUAAACAUGUAGACCAAGAUAGUCAAGAACAGCAAGCUACAACAAUCCCAACUGAUAAAAACACAAAUGACAAUGAAGAAUUAGCAAACGAAGAUGAGAGCGAGUCUUCAGAGCCAUUUAUUUUUCCAAAGAGAAGGAAAAAGAAGAAGAAGGUGGUUUUAAUUGAAGAAGACCACAAAGAUAAUGACACAAGUAGGACACAAGUUCAAGAAACUACAUAUGCAGAACCAAUCAACCAAGAUAAAACCAAAUCCACAGACUCCUCAGAUUCAGCUCUGAAACAAAAGGAAACUGUUGCCACCAGCGAUACUAAAGAUACGACAGAAAGUACAGACACACAGCCAAGAUCUACAAGCCCUGAGGUGAUGAUUGUUAGCCAUGACAGUGCAACAGAGAUCCAUCCUCCUAAUAUAAAAUCAACAGAGUUUGAGGACGUCAUCCAGAGAGAUGAUUCUGAGUCAGUAGUAGAAGAAACUUCAGAGUCUAUGGUCUCUACCACAGUAACCUUCCAUGCAGAUCCUGACUUGAUGCAACCGGAUGUGACACCUUCCUCAGGUCAAGCUCAACAGCCUACAGCCAAAAUGAAAGACAUGUCAGAUUUGGAGCAAGAGACUACGUUAAGUAGUUUAGUAAUCACCACUGAGGAAGUGCCAAGUCUAUUGAUGGCAGAUAGUGAUCAGGCUUCUACAUUAUUAGAAGUUGAUGUACAGGUAACACAUGGAGUUGAUACAACAGCAACUGUUUAUGCUACCUCUUCUUCCUACCAGCAAACUACUAAACAUGUAGACCAAGAUAGUCAAGAAAAGCAAGCCACAACAAUCCCAACUGAUAAAAACACAAAUGACAAUGAAGAAUUAGCAAAAGAAGAAGAGGAAGAGUUUUCACAGCCAUUCAGUGCUCCAAAGAAAAGCAAGAAGAAGAUGGAUUUGACCCAGGCUUACUAUAAAGAUAAAGGGACAACCGACACAGAACUUCAAGUAGUGAUAGAUCCAGAACCGAGUGCUUUUAUAAAGUCAAUGAACCAAGUUAAAACUAAACAUACAGACUCCUCAGACUCAACCACAAAUCAAAAGGAAGCUGAUGAAAUCAGUGAUACAGUAGAUACCACAGCAAGUACAGACACACAGCUGAGAUCUACAAUCCCUGAGGUAAUAAUUGUUAGCCAUGACAGUACUACAGACAUUCAUCCCCCUGAUAUAAAAUCAACAGAGUUUGAGGACGUCAUCCAGAGAGAAGAGUCAGUAGCAGAAGAAACUUCAGAGUCUAUGGUAACUACCACCAUAACCUUACAUGCAGAACCUGACUUGGAGAUAAAGGUUUUAGCUAGUGCCACAGACAGCCAUCUUCCUGAUAUAAAAUCAGCAGAUUUUAAAGACAUUCAGAAGGAUGUUCCUUAUUUAGAAACAGAGGACACUUUAAGAACUCUUAGAACAGAAACCAAAACAUUGACAACAAUCACAAUACCAACACAGCUGAAGUUCAGCAUCCAUACAGAAGCAGCCUCAGAAGUGGAGACAAAGGAUUUAGACAGUAAUGCCAACGUACAGGUGCAGAUUGUUCCUGACUAUAAGAAGAAAGAAACAGACAUUGAAAAUAACCAACUUACACCUGAAUCAGUUAGCAAAGAGAAACCGGAUGUGACACCUUCCUCAAGUCAAGCUCAACAGCCUACAGCCAAAAUGAAAGACACAACAGCUGUUGAUGCUACCUCUUCUUUCUACCAGCAAACUACUAAACAUGUAGACCAAGAUAGUCAAGAAAAGCAAGACACAACAAUCCCAACUGAUAAAAACACACAUGAACAUGAAUUAUUAGCAAAAGAAGAAGAGAAAGAGUUGUCACAGCCAUUCAGUUUUCCAAAGAAAAGCAAGAAGAAGAAGGUGGUUUUUACCCAGUUUUACCAUAAAGAUAAUGGGACGACCAACACAGAACUUCAAGAGGUAAUAGAUCCAGAACCGAGUUCUCACUUAGAGUCAAUCAACCAAGAUAAAACCAAGCAUACAGACUCCUCAGAUUCAACCAUGACACAAAUGGAAGCUGUUGACACCAGCGAUACAGUAGAUGCUACAGAAAGUACAAACACACAGCCAAGAUCUACAAGCCCUGAGGUGAUGAUUGUUAGCCAUGACAGUACUACAGAAAUCCAUCCUCCUGAUAUAAAAUCAACAGAAUUCAAAAAUGUCAUUCAGGAUGAAGUUUCUGAGUCAGUAGCAAAGGAAACUUCAGAGUCCAUUGUAACUUCCACCAUAACCUUACACGCAGAACCCAACUUGAAGGAGAUAAAGGUUUCAGCUAGUGCCACAGACAGUCAUCCUCCUGAUAUAAAAUCAGCAGACUUUAAAGACAUUCAGAAGAAUGUUCCUGAUUUAGAAACAGAGGACACUUUUGAAACUCUGAGAACAGAGACUGAAACAUUGACAACAAUCACACUACUAACACAGCUGGAGUUCAGCAUCCAUACAGAAGCAGCCUCAGAAGUGGAGACAAAGGAUUCAGACAGCAAUGCCAACAUACAGGUGCAGAUUGCUCCUGACAAUAAAGAACAAGAAAUAAACAUUGAAAAUAACCAAUCUACACUUGAACUAGUUACAGAAGAGAAACCAGAUAUGACACCUUCCUCAAGUCAAGCUCAACAGCCUACUGCCAAAACGAAAGACAUGUCAGAUUUGGAGCAACAGACUAAGCCAAGUAGUUUAAUAAUUACCACUGAGAAAGUGUCAAGUCUAUUGAUGGCAGAUAGUGAUCAGGCUUCUACAUUAUCAGAAGUUGAUGUACAGGUAACACAUGGAGUUGAUACAACAGCAACUGUUGAUGCUACCUCUUCUUUCUACCAGCAAACUACUAAACAUGUAGACCAAGAUAGUCAAGAAAAGCAAGACACAACAAUCCCAACUGAUAAAAAGACAAAUGACAAUGAAGAAUUAGCAAAAGAAGAAGAGAAAGAGUUUUCACAGCCAUUCAGUGCUCCAAAGAAAAGCAAGAAGAAGAUGGUUUUGACCCAAGCUUACCAUAAAGAUAAUGAAACGACUAGCACAGAACUCCAGGAAGUAAUAGAUCCAGAACCGAGUGCUUUCUUAGAGUCAAUCAACCAAGAUAAAACCAAACUUACAGACUCCUCAGACUCAACCACAAAACAAAAGGAUGCUGAUGACAUCAGUGAUACAGUAGAUGCCACAGAAAGUACAGACCCACAGCCAAGAUCUACAAGCCCUGAGGUGAUGAUUGUUAGCCAUGACAGUUCCAUAGACAUCCAUCCAUCUGAUAUAAAAUCAACAGAGUUUGAGGACGUCAUCCAGAGAGAAGAUUCUGAGUCAGUAGUAGAAGAAACUUCAGAGUCUAUGGUGACUACCACCAUAACCUUACAUGCAGUACCGGACUUGAUACAACCGGAUAUGACACCUUCCUCAAGUCAAGCUCAACAGCCUACAGCCAAAAUGAAAGACAUGUCAGAUUUGGAGCAACAGACUAAGCUCAGUAGUUUAGUAAUUACCAUUGAGGAAGUGUCAAGUCUAUUGAUGGCAGAUAGUGAUCAGGCUUCUACAGAAGUUAAUGUACAGGUAACACAUGGAGUUGAUACACCAGCAGCUUUUGAUGCUACCUCUUCUUCCUACCAGCAAACUACUAAACAUGUAGACCAAGAUUGUCAAGAAAAGCGAGCUACAACAAUCCCAACUGAUGAAUUCUCAGCAAACGAAGAUGAGAGCGAGUCUUCAGAGCCAUUUAUUUUUCCAAAGAGAAGGAAAAAGAAGAAGAAGGUUGAUUUAAUUGAAGAAGACCACAACAAUAAAGACACAAGUAGUAUACGAGUUCCAGAAACCACAGAUACAGAACCGAAUGCCAUUUUGGAAUCAAUUAACCAAGAUAAAACCAAACCCACAGACUCCUCAGAUUCAGCCCUGAAACAAAAGGAAGCUGUUGACUUCAGCAAUACAGUAGAUGCCACAGGAAGUUCAGACAAACAGCCAAGAUCUACAAGCCCUGUGGUGAUGAUUGUUAGCCAUGACAGUACUACAGAAAUUCAGUUUGAGGACAUCAUCCAGAGAGAGGUUUCUCAGUCAGUAGCAGAAGAAACUUCAGAGUCUAUGGUAACUACCACCAUAACCUUACAUGCAGAACCUGACUUGAUGGAUAAAAAGGAUACAGCUAGUGCCUCAGACAGUCAUCCACCUGAUAUAAAAUCAGCACAGUUUGAAGACAUUCAAAAGGAUGUUCCUGAUUUAGAAGCAGAUAACACUGUAGGAACUUUUAGAAUGGAGACCGAAACAUUGACGACCAUACAGCCAACACAGCUGGAGUUCAGCAUCCAUACAGAAGCAGCCUCAGAAGUGGAGACUAAGGAUUCAGACAGCAAUGCCAACAUACAGCAAGAAGAAAUGCCUGAAGCCAAAACAGAUGAGCAGGGAUGUGAACAGUCUCAAAGUGAAGAAUCCAGAGAUGAAAACAAAAGGAAGAGGAGAGCAAAUCGGCCAGUAUCAGCAUUUGAUACAUUGUUGGAUAUCUUCACAAAUGUUCAACCCUUGUCAGACACCGGUGAUGUUUCCACAGAGUGCCAAUCAAGAAAAACAACCUGGUUUCUGGAACCCUUACCCACAGACUCAGAGAACCAGCUAGAAAGGAAUGUCCUCAGGGCUCUGAGGUGUCGCUACCAACCUGCCCAGCUCAAUGUGGAGCUCAUGUGUCAGCAGCUUCAGGAAGCUGAGAGGUGCAGACAGUGUGUUUUAGAGCAGGCGGCUUCACAAUCCCAGUGUGGAGGAAGUGAUCCCUCUGAAAGCAUGGAGAGAAGAUUUAAUGCAGCUUUGCUUGAUGCUUCAGCCACAGUGCAGGUUAAAGAAACUCAGCUUCAACAGGUCUUACAGUAUCACAAGCAAAUAAAAACCCUUCAAGACACAAUUUGGGAACUGAAAGCAGAGCUGGAUUCACUUAGUCUGGUUUCUUUGAAAAGCAGUGCUAUUCAAGCAGAAAAGUUACAGGUAUUCCUAAAUGACAUGGGGCAAAAGAAGGGCAUGUUUGAAGAAAUACUGCACACAUGUUUUAGUCUGUCAACUCAGUUGGGUGAGGCUGAGGGUCCAGUGACCUGCCUUACCCAGGUAAAGGACUUGCAAGAGAAGUGGCAGAUUUUGGAGGGGACUGCAGAUAGGACUCAGAGACAUGCAGCAAUGUGUGUAGUAGAGGCUUCUACACUAACAAAGGAUUCAACUGCACUUCUAGAUGAAGUACAAGCUCUGCAAGCAGCUUCUGUAUCUUCUGGUCAGAAACAUGUAGAUUGCCAAAGUGCCAUGCUGGAAAUGAUCAAAUUCUUCAAGUUUUCGGAAAUGAAUGAACGGUACAUGUAUCUCCUUGAACUCUUGCAAGCUCUUUUGCAGUGUCCACUGGGAGAAAAAGAGAGGGAAGACCUGGAGCUUGUUUUCCAAAGUCUAAAAUCACAAUUGGAUUGCACUCAAGAAAAACUUGGUACUUGCCCAACAUGUCCUAAUGACCCUUCCCUAGCAGAGAUCACCGAGACUAUAAAAAAAGGUCUGACCUGGGCUAAACAAACUGAGAGCAUUAUCAAUAGAAGCAAAAGGUUAUCUAUGUUUCCGGAGGAGGCCAAUCAGCAGGUUAAUUCCAUGAAGAAAUUGCAAUCUGAGAUAUUCUCCAGACAGUCCGUUGUAAAGAAGCUAAGAGAGGAAAUCGCAGGACUUGAUGAGGAGGAAUCCCACCUUAUUAUAUCUCCACUCGAGACCUUGGAGAACUUCUGCAGUAGGACAGCCGAAAAGGCAGACCGUGCAACUGCAGAACUGAAUGAAAUGCUGCAUGCUAGACAGAGAUUGGAUAUUCAGAUCACAGCCAGUUCCACCUGGCUGGCCUCAUUCUUGGAAAGAGAGCUAAAUAAAGUUGCAGCCCUUGAUCUUGGAACCAGCAUCACAGACUUGAAGGUUUACCAUCAAAAGCACAAAUCUACUUUAAAAGAAGCCAAUAGGCAUUUAACUAAUGUUCAGAAACAUCUAAAUGAGACGAAAGACUUGAGUCAUGGACUUACUAUGGCAGAUACCUUUUACCUUAUUGACAAACUUGUUAACCUGCGAGAACAGAUAAUUGAGGUUGUAAGAUCUGAACAAGCCUCAUGCUGUGAACUGGAAGAGCUUUUGCACAACCAGGAAGCUUCUGCUGAAGAAUUUUUUGCCAUCCAGAAAAGCCUACGUCAAAUAACAACUGACCUCGAAAGGCAUAGGUAUCCUGUCACACAGGAGUCACUCGUGGCUUUUGAUCCAAUGAGAUUCCUGCUGGUAGAGCAUCUCUCUCAGGUUCUGGAAUUUCAUUUUUGCCCAGAUCAACAGAGAAAGGAUCUAAUUCAGACAAUUCUGAACUUACUGGAAAAAACAAGGUUGCUGGACCAGCAGGCCAGAGAACACGAGGAUUACCUAGCGUCCAACCGGCAUCUGGAAAACUGCAUUGAGGCGGUAAAGAAAACAGUUCCUCAAGUCUCAGAUAGUCGUGUGGAAGUUAAUAAACGGCUCAGACUGGGACAGGCCUUGCUAGUGGAGAUACCCCUAGUGAAGAUAUCUUGUCAGGAGACUGCGGACCAACUGGAAGCCAUCUCUGGUGAUCUCUAUCCAUCUCAGUUGAACUCAGAAAGGCAGAAAAUCUCAGGCAUGGUUCACAGUCUUUCUGCCUGGGAAAACAUUGUCAGCUGUGAUGUACGAGAGCUUGAGCAUCGUCUUCUGACGUCAAACCUCAGCAGUCCAGCUGACAUUACUCCACUGACUGAACACCUUGUGAUAGCUGAAGAGCAGCUAAAGCAGAACAGCUGCUUUGAUCCAAAUGAAAAUGCCAUCACCACUGCACAACAUAAGUGUUUAACUCUUGAAAGAUCUGUUGAAUCUGCUUUGAGAAUGCUGGACAUCUGUAAAGAUUGUGCAGAUGUUGAAAGCUACAAGAAAACCAAUGACAACGGAAGAAGCAUAUUAAAGGAAUGCCAGAUGCAAAUGGAAAACAUGCUACUGGCUAAAAAGGCUCUGAAAGAAUACCUGUACGCUGUCCGAAAAGCAUUGGAUUUCCUUCAGCAACUCAAGACCAAACUCCUCAUGGCUUCCAUUAGCUUUAAAGACUGUACAGAGGAAUUGCAGCAUACUCAACAAAUAAUUUCUAGUCUGUCUGAAGGAUUUAAGGCUCACGUGGCUGAAAUAGGAGCCAGGUUGCCUCAGCAAACAUGCUUUUCUGUCCCUAAUACUGAGAAGCUCCACAUCCAGGCUGUCAGUCAACUUCUUGUGGGUGUUGCCACAAUAGAAGCUCAAACUCAACUGAAACUGGAGUCCCUUCAGAGGUGCAUAGCGGUGCAGUUCACCCACAGUAAUCAUCAUGAUGAACUGAGUCAGGUUCUACCAACCUUUGACUCUAAGCUCUCAGGCAGCUUUAGUUCCAAACUAGCUUCCCCAGAAGAGUGCAAUGUCCAGCUUCAGAAAAUUAAGGUCCUUCAGGAAGAGCUGAUGAACUUGGCUGGAAGGCUGGCAGAGUUCAAAAAGAGCUGCUCAGUACUGCGCUGUAAUGUAGCAGCUGACAAGUCACUAGGAAAUCUGCAGAGGUACUGGGCUGUGCUACAGCGCAGACUAGACACACACAGUUCCAAAGUGGCACAUACAGAGGCUCAGUGGAAGGAAAUUAUGCUGAGGAUCAAGAGAACCAGAGAAGCGCUUGACCAGAUUCAAGUUGGGCUCCAUGACAUCUCCACAAUAAGAGGAUCUCUUGCGAAACUUCAAAGAAUUCUGGUACAAACUGAACAGAUUCAGAAUAAACUGGACCAAGAACACCUCACUCUGGGAUCUCUACAACUCUAUGAGUCACGUCUGCUGAGCACAAGCCUUCCGGAGCUUAGCUCUCCAACUCAGAUAAGUCAGGAACUGCAGUCUCUUCAGAGUCGCUAUCUAAGCCUCAGAGAACAAAGCAGUGAGGUGAGACGGGAAGUACUAUCUGAGAUUCAGGAGUGGGGCCAACUUCAGGAGGAACUUAAGGCAGUUCAGCAAAGUAUUCUCUCACUAUCAACUCUUCUGGAGACUCAGCAAGAUCCCACACAUAUUAGGGAAGUACGGGUGGAGUUAGAGUCUCAGAAUAUCAGACUGCAGGAGAUAAUGACUGGGGCCAGCAGAAGAAACAAUGAAAUGCCUGAAGAAAUACAGACUGUACAUGAGCGGGUCACUCUCUUUCUGCUGGAAGCUAAGAAAAAGGUGGGCCAGGCAAUGGAGAGAACUGGCUCUCUCCACCGAAUGAAUGAGCAUGUAGGGGAAGUAACUGAGGGCCUAAGCUGUGUGCAGGCACUGCUACAGCAAAAGAGUCCCACUAUACAAGAAGCUGAGAAUGUUCUGAAGUGCGUAUGGGAUGAGCUGGACCAAUGGCACUCGCGUAUAGCUAAACUAGACGUGGAGGUUCAGGAGCUUGCUGAGGAGCAGCCUGAGAAAGCUCAUAUCCUCAUGGAUGAGCUCACCAAACCACUGCAGCAAUACCAGGCUGUAGCCAAACAAGCUGAGCGGAGGACUGCUUUUAUUAGCAAGAUUCCAGCAUGUCUCCAGGAGUUUGAAGAUGCUUUGUACAGCUCUUCUUGCUGGCUGGCUGAUACCCGGUCCUGGCUGGGGACUCCUCACAUCUACACCACUGCCAAGUGUCUGCACAGCCAUGCCAACUCCUUACAGAUAAUGCUGGAUGAGUCAGAGGGGAUACACCGUACUUUGGAGGGCUUUAAGCCCACAUUGCAGGAGAUCUCAGCAGUGUGUGACACCGACUUUCAGCAGCAAAACCUUUUGCAGAUGCUUACUGACAUAAGCAAUACAAGACAGCAUGUUCUGGAACCACUCGCCCAGCUCCAACAUGCAGCAGCAGAGAUGGAUGCUAUUGAAGCAGAAGUUAAGAUCAUGGAGAAGAAUGUCACAAAAAUUGAAAGCAUCUUAUCCACCAUAGACACAGAAGACAUACCUCCAGAACAGCAUCUCCAAAACAGUCAAGUAAUCCUGGAGAACCUUCAGGCCAUGCAGAAGACAUUAGCUGAGAUUGAGAGGUGUAGACAUGAUCUGGGUCUGCCCACAGGAGCAGAGCUUAGUCUUAUAGCCUUCCACAGAGCUGAGCAGCUUCAGCCCCAUAUUCAUAAACUCCAGCAUCUCACUGAAGAACAGAGCUCUGCACUCAGGGUUUCUAUCGGCCAUCCUGUGGCUUCUGUCUCCCCCACUGAUGGAACAGUAUCCAGUCUUUCCUUUCACUGCCCUGUAGAUGUGAUGGUGCAUAUGGAAAUGCCAUUCUCCAAGGAAGAUGAUGACAAUGAUUAUGAAGAUGAGGGCAGUUACUCUUCGUCCUCUGACACUCUUACAGGAAGUGCUUCAGAGGACCAAGAAGAGACAAUGUUGGAUGUAGAAUAUGCUGAAAUCGGUGCUUCUACCCAGACCCAAGUGUCUAUCACCACACAUAUUUCCAGCACAAAAGAAAGAAGGUCAGUCGAUGAAGAUGCUGAUCUGAGAGAGAAAGAAAAUAAAGAGUCUCCUUCUACACUUGGCUUUGUUGAUAAUGAGUUGCAGGGUAAUAUACCAACUGACAUAAGGAGUAAAGAAACUGAGGAAAUGCUUAAGGACAUCAAACAUGCAAAAACAAUUAAGGAACUAAAUGUUGAGACACCAAAGAAGCCAGUGAAGACAGAGGCAUUUGUGAAGUCUGGAUUGCAUGCAAUACUUAAGGAUGCUGAUUCUGUUUCUGCAGGAACAGUAGAGCCUAUAGUGCAACUAAACAUACCAACUUUAAACAAUAAAGAAACUGAACAAACACUUACAUAUGCAGAAACAGUAGAGGAGCCUAAUGCAGAGACAUCACAAGAAGUUCCAAAGCGAGGGGAUACAGAGACAUCCACUAUACAGCCUGAAUCAGUAGCUAAAAACGAUAACACAUUCGAUGACAGUUUGAUGACAAAGGCAGAUCUUCAGAUGUUUACUACUGAGAUGUCGAGCUCUAAUGAUGAUCUAUUUGUCACUAAAGAUGAGGCAGACAUGAAUGUAAAGACUGAAUCAGACAUUGAGAUGACAUUAACUAACCGAAUGGAGUCCAAUUCCAGACUUGGCUCUGUUGUUGAAGAAGCUGUUUCUGUUCCUUUAACAAUUACCCACCCUCUUAAAACAAUAGCAGCGGUGGUUGUAGAGCCUGUGGUGCAACUUAACAUGGCAACUAAAAUAAGCAAAAAAGAAACUGAAGAAAUCCUCAUAGGCUAUAGACCUGAAAAAACGAUAAAGGUGCAUGAUGAUGAACAAACAAAAGAUGAUCUGAAGCCAGAUAUUAAAGAGACAUCUGCUAUAAAGCCUGGAUUGGAUGCUACAAACGAUGACACUUUAAAUUUGGAGAUGGAGUCAUGUCUUCAGAAGAUGGAAACUGACCAGCUAAAAGAGCCCACUUCAACAUAUACCCCCAUUAAUGAUGUGGAAACUAUUAAGGACAUCAGAGUUGUGAAAACAGGUGAGGAGCUAAAAGAAGAUACACUAAAGAAGGAGAAUAAAGACCUACCUGCUAUAUUGCCUGGGUUGAUUGUGAAAGAUAAGAAUGCUAGUUCUGUUUCUGCCACAAUUACUCAACCUAUUAAAACAAUCACCACACAGACAGUAGAGCAUGAGGAGCAACUAAACUUACUAACUAAAACAAGCAAUGAAGAAACAGAAGAAAUGCUCACAGAUGCACAUACAAUAGAGGAGCCUAAUGAAGAGACAACAAAAGACUUACAGGAGACAACUGAUCAAGUGGAGGAACUAUCUUGCAGGCCUAGCUUCACUGUUGGGGUUGCUGAAGUAGUAGUUGAAGACAAGGAUAACAUAAAUGCCAGGACUGAGUCAGACCUUCAAGUGACAUUACCUGAUCAAGUAAAGGACACCACUUUCAUGCCUAGCAUCACUCUUGGAGAGGCUGAUUCGGUUUUUGCCACAACUACCCUACCUAUCGAAACAAUAUCACCAGUGACGCUUGUGGACAGCACACAUGCAGAAACCACAAAGUCAGAAGAAAGGACACCAAAUGACGAAUUACAGCAAGAGAAGACAAAGACAUCUGCUGAAAAACCUGAAUUGAUUGACCAAGUGGAAGGAUCCUCUUCCUGGCUUUUGCCUGUCUCUGAAGUUAAAUAUGUUGUUUCUGGCACAGCUACACAAUCUACUGAAAUAUCAACAGCAGUAACAAAUGAAGACACUGUAAAGGAGAGAACUGAUUUGGACUUUCAAGAGACUGCUGAUCAAGUGGAGGAAUUAUCUUACAGGCCUAGCUUCACUGUUGGGGUUGCUAAAGUAGCUGCUAAAGCCAAAGAUACCAUAAAUGUCAGGACUGAGUCAGACCUUCAAGUGACAUUACCUGAUCAAGUGAAGGAGACUACUUUCAUGCCUAGCAUCACUCUUGGGGAGGCUGAUUCUGUUUCUGCCACAACUACUUUACCUAUCAAAACAAUAUCACCAGUGAUGCUUGUGGACACCACACAUGCAGAAACCACAAAGUCAGAAGAAAAGACACCAAAUGAUGAUUUACAGCAAGAGGAGACAAAGACAUCUUCUGAAAAACCUGAAUUGAUUGACCAAGUGGAAGAAUCAUCUUCCUGGCUUUUGCCUGUCUCUGAAGUUAAAUAUGUUGUUUCUGGCACAGCUACCCAAUCUACUGAAAUAUCAACAGCAGUAACAAAUGAAGACACUGUAAAGGAGAGGACUGAUUUAGACUUACAGGAGACAACUGAUCAAGUGGGGGAAUUAUCUUGCAGGCCUAGCUUCACUGUUGAGGUUGCUGAAGUAGUAGUUGAAGACAAGGAUACCAUAAAUGUCAGGACUGAGUCAGACCUUCAAGUGACAUUACCUGAUCAAGUGAAGGAGACUACUUUCAUGCCUAGCAUCACUCUUGGGGAGGCUGAUUCUGUUUCUGCCACAACUACCCUACCUAUCGAAACAAUAUCACCAGCGAUGCUUGUGGACAGCACACAUGCAGAAACCACAAAGUCAAAGGAAAAGACACCAAAUGACGAAUUACAGCAAGAGGAGACAAAGACAUCUGCUGAAAAACCUGAAUUGAUUGACCAAGUGGAAGGAUCCUCUUCCUGGCUUUUGCCUGUCUCUGAAGUUAAAGAUGUUGUUUCUGGCAGAGCUACUGAAUCUACUGAAAGAUCAACAGCAGUAACAAAUGAGCCUAAGGUGCAGAUUACCAUGCCAACAAAAAUAAGUGAUCAAGAAAGUCUGGAAAUGGUCAGUGAUGUCAAAGAUGCAGAUGAAAUUAAGAAGCCAGAAGGGAAGAAACCAACUGACGCAUUACAAACAAAGGUCACAGAGACUAUUAUAAAGUGUGGCUUGGUGUCACAAGAUGAUGCCACAACUAGCCAAACUCUUGAAACAUUAAAAGCAGUAACAGAAGAGACAGUGGUGCAAGAUGACAUUUUAACUGAAGUGCGUGACAAAGAAACUAAGAAAGCACUUGAGGACAUCAAAGGUGCAGAAAAGGAAGAGCCAGAAGAUGUUAAAACACAAGAGGAGAUUAGGAUAUCAGCAUCACAGUUUGGAUUGACAACUGGUUCAGACAUAAAUGAUAAAACGAUUACUGACCAACUGGAAAAGUUCACUUCCAAACCCAGCUCCACUGUUGUGGAUGAUAGUUCUGUUCCUUCUACCCUUUCUCUUAAAACAGUAACAUCAAUGACAGUAGAGCCUGCAGUCCAGGUAAAACCAGAGGAGAGAGAGACAUCAACGAAAAUGACUGAUGAUGAAACUAAAGAAAGGUUCAAUGACAUCAGAGAUGCAGAAACAGUUAAGGAGCUUGAGAGAGAGACACAAACGGAUGCACCACAACCUGAAAUAAGUGAUCAAGAAGCUAAGUCAGCCAAGGACAUCAAAGAUGGAGAAACGAGUAAAGAGCUAGAAAGAGAGACACCAAAGGAUGCGCUACAACUAGAGAGAAUAGAGACAUCUGCUGCAGUGCCUGGAUUGGUUGAAACUAAAAUGAGCAAAAAAGAAAUUGAUGAAACACCUAGAGACAUCAGAGAUGCAGAACGAAUUGAGGAGACUAAAAAACAGACAGUAGAGGAUACAGAGACAGCUGCUGUACAGGCAGUAUUCAUUGCUAAAGACAAGAACACCAAGGAUUCAAGUUCAGUAGAAUGUAAGACAGAAGAUGUGCUAAAACCAGAAGAGAAUCAGACAUCUGAGGAGAUGCUCAAGGAUGACAGAAAUUCAGAAACAAUUAAGAAGCUGGAGGGAGAGACACCAAAAGACACUUUACAACCAGAGCAGACAGAGACAAUUACUGUAAAACCUGGUUUGGUUGUGAAAAAGGAGGAUGCCAUUAAUGUGAAAGCUGAGUCUGACAUUCAGGUGACAUUAACUGGCCAAGUGGAAGAGACCACUUCAGGUGCUAAAGUUGAAGACACCCAGAGUAUGACAACUGGAUCAGAUCUUCAGGAGAUGUUAACCAUAAAGGAGACUAUUUUCGGACCUGACACAAUAUCUGAAGUUGCUAUAUCUGCUCCUGCCACAGAUUCUCAUCCACUAGAAACUGAUAUGCCAACUCAGAAAACACUCAAAGUCACCAGAAAGAAAGAAACAUUUAAGAAGUCUACAGCAAAGACACCAAAAGAUGUGCUGGGCAGUAAGAAAAUGGGGACCUCAUCUGUAAAGUCUGGAUUAAUUGCUAAAGACAUUGAAACUGUGAAAGAGGAUUCAGACCUUUUGGAGACAUCAAGUGAGUCAUCUUUCCAACCUAGGUCAGUUGCUGAAGAUGAUAGUUCUGUUGUUUCUACAACUAUCCAACCAUUUAAACUGUCAACAUCAUUGACAGAAACACCUGAGCUGUUGACCAUACUGCCUGAAAAAAGUGAUCAAGAAGCUAAGUCAGCCAAGGACAUCAAAGAUAGAGAAACGAGUAAAGAGCUAGAAAAAGAGACACCAAAGGAUGCACUUCAACUAGAGGAGAUAGAGACAUCUGCUGCAGUGCCUGGAUUGGUUGAAACUGAAAUGAGCAAAAAAGAAAUUGAUGAAACACCUACAGACAUCAGAGAUGCAGAACGAAUUGAGGAGACUAAAGGACAGACAGUAAAAGAUACAGAGACAGCUGCUGUACAGGCAGUAUUCAUUGCUAAAGACAAGGACACCAAGGAUGCAAGUUCAGUAGAAUGUAAGACAGAAGAUGUGCUAAAACCAGAAGAGAAUGAGACAUCCACUAUGCAGCCUAGAUUGAUAGCUAAAGGCAGUGACACUGUGAAGCAGAGGACUGACACAGACCUUCAGAAAACUGACCAAGUUAAGGAGUCAUCUUGGAUAAUUUCAGUUGUUGAAACUGCAACUACAACUAGCCAACCUACUCAAACAGCAGCAGUGACAGAAGAGUCUGAGGUAACAGUUAACAAACAAGCCAAAAUGAGCAUCAAAAAAUCUGAGGAGAUGCUUAAGGAUGGCAGACAUUCAGAAACAAUUAAGAAGCUAGAGGGAGAGACACCAAAAGACGCAUUGCAACCAGAGAAGACAGAGCCAAUUACUGUAAAACCUGGUGAGGCUGUGAAAAAUGAGGAUGCCAUUAAUGUGAAAGCUGAGUCCGACAUUCAGGUGACAUUAACUGACCAAGUGGAAGAGACCACUUCAGGUGCUAAAGUUGAAGACACCCAGAGUAUGGCAACUGAGUCAGAUCUUCAGAAGAUGUUAACCGUCAAGGUGACUGUUUCUGGACCUGACACAAUAUCUGAAGUUGCUAUAUCUGCUCCAGCCACAGCUUCUCAUCCUCUAGAAGCGGAUUUGCCAACUCAGGAAACACUUAAAGUCACCAGAAAGAAAGAAACAUUUAAGAAGUCUACAGCAAAGACACCAAAAGAUGUGCUGGGCAGUAAGAAAAUGGGGACAUCAACUGUAAAGUCUGGAUUCAUUGCUAAAGACGUUGAAACUGUGAAAAAGGAUUCAGACCAUUUGGAGACAUCAAGUGAGUCAUCUUUCCAACCUAGGUCAGUUGCUGAAGAUGAUAAUUCUGUUGUUUCUGCAAAUAUCCAACCAUUUAAACUGUCAACAUCAUUGACAGAAACACCUGAGCUGUUGACCAUACUGCCUGAAAUAAGUGAUCAAGAAGCUAAGUCAGCCAAGGACAUCAAAGAUGGAGAAACAAGUAAAGAGCUAGAAAGAGAGACACCAAAGGAUGCGCUACAACUAGAGGAGAUAGAGACAUCUGCUGCAGUGCCUGGAUUGGUUGAAAUUGAUGAAACACCUACAGACAUCAGAGAUGCAGAACGAAUUGAGGAGACUAAAGGACAGACAGUAGAGGAUACAGAGACAGCUGCUGUACAGCCUGUAUUCAUUGCUAAAGACAGUGACACUGUGCAGCAGAGGACUGACACAGACCUUCAGAAAACUGACCAAGUUAAGGAGUCAUCUUGGAUGAAGUCAGUUUUUGAAACUACAACUAACCAACCUACUGAAACAGCAGCAGUGACAGAAGAGUCUGAGGUGACAGUUAACAAACAAGCCAAAAUGAUUAUCAGAAAAUCUGAGGAGAUGUCCAAAGAUGACAGAAAUUUAGAAACAAUUAAGAAGCUGGAGGGAGAGACACCAAAAGACACAUUGCAACCAGAGAAGAUGAAGCCAAUUACUGUAAAACCUGGUGAGGUUGUGAAAAAUGAGGAUGCCAUGAAUGUGAAAGCUGAGUCUGACAUUCAGGUGACAUUAACUGACCAAGUGGAGGAGUCCACUUCAGGUGCUAAAGUUAAAGACACCCAGAGUAUGACAACUGAGUCAGAUCUUCAGGAGAUGUUAACCAUGGAGGCGACUGUUUCUGGACCUGACACAAUAUCUGAAGUUGCUAUAUCUGCUCCAGCCACAGCUUCUCAUCUUCUAGAAGCUGAUAUUCCAACUCAGGAAACACUCAAAGUUACCAGAAAGAAGGAAACAUUUAAGAAGUCUACAGAGACGCCAAAGGAUGUGCUGAGCAUUGAGAAAAUGGGGACAUCAAGUGUAAAGUCUGGAUUAAUUGCUAAAGACAUUGAAACUGUGAAAGAGGAUUCAGACCUUUUGGAGACAUCAAGUGAGUCAUCUUUCCAACCUAGGUCAGUUGCUGAAGAUGAUAGUUCUGUUGUUUCUACAACUAUCCAACCAUUUAAACUGUCAACAUCAUUGACAGAAACACCUGAGCUGUUGACCAUACUGCCUGAAAAAAGUGAUCAAGAAGCUAAGUCAGCCAAGGACAUCAAAGAUAGAGAAACGAGUAAAGAGCUAGAAAAAGAGACACCAAAGGAUGCACUACAACUAGAGGAGAUAGAGACAUCUGCUGCAGUGCCUGGAUUGGUUGAAACUAAAAUGAGCAAAAAAGAAAUUGAUGAAACACCUACAGACAUCAGAGAUGCAGAACGAAUUGAGGAGACUAAAGGACAGACAGUAAAAGAUACAGAGACAGCUGCUGUACAGGCAGUAUUUAUUGCUAAAGACAAGGACACCAAGGAUUCAAGUUCAGUAGAAUGUAAGACAGAAGAUGUGCUAAAACCAGAAGAGAAUGAGACAUCCACUAUGCAGCCUAGAUUGAUAGCUAAAGGCAGUGACACUGUGAAGCAAAGGACUGACCUAGACCUUCAGAAAACUGACCAAGUUAAGGAGUCAUCUUGGAUAAUUUCAGUUGUUGAAACUGCAACUACAACUAGCCAACCUACUCAAACAGCAGCAGUGACAGAAGAGUCUGAGGUAACAGUUAACAAACAAGCCAAAAUGAGCAUCAAAAAAUCUGAGGAGAUGCUUAAGGAUGGCAGACAUUCAGAAACAAUUAAGAAGCUAGAGGGAGAGACACCAAAAGACGCAUUGCAACCAGAGAAGACAGAGCCAAUUACUGUAAAACCUGGUGAGGCUGUGAAAAAUGAGGAUGCCAUUAAUGUGAAAGCUGAGUCCGACAUUCAGGUGACAUUAACUGACCAAGUGGAAGAGACCACUUCAGGUGCUAAAGUUGAAGACACCCAGAGUAUGACAACUGAGUCAGAUCUUCAGAAGAUGUUAACCGUCAAGGUGACUGUUUCUGGACCUGACACAAUAUCUGAAGUUGCUAUAUCUGCUCCAGCCACAGCUUCUCAUCCUCUAGAAGCGGAUUUGCCAACUCAGGAAACACUCAAAGUCACCAGAAAGAAAGAAACAUUUAAGAAGUCUACAGCAAAGACACCAAAAGAUGUGCUGGGCAGUAAGAAAAUGGGGACAUCAAGUGUAAAGUCUGGAUUAAUUGCUAAAGACAUUGAAACUGUGAAAGAGGAUUCAGACCUUUUGGAGACAUCGAGUUACCAAGAGUCAUCUUUCCAACCUAGGUCAGUUGCUGAAGAUGAUAGUUCUGUUGUUUCUACAACUAUCCAACCAUUUAAACUGUCAACAUCAUUGACAGAAACACCUGAGCUGUUGACCAUACUGCCUGAAAAAAGUGAUCAAGAAGCUAAGUCAGCCAAGGACAUCAAAGAUAGAGAAACGAGUAAAGAGCUAGAAAAAGAGACACCAAAGGAUGCACUACAACUAGAGGAGAUAGAGACAUCUGAUGCAGUGCCUGGAUUGGUUGAAACUAAAAUGAGCAAAAAAGAAAUUGAUGAAACACCUACAGACAUCAGAGAUGCAGAACGAAUUGAGGAGACUAAAGGACAGACAGUAGAGGAUACAGAGAAAGCUGCUGUACAGGCAGUAUUUAUUGCUAAAGACAAGGACACCAAGGAUUCAAGUUCAGUAGAAUGUAAGACAGAAGAUGUGCUAAAACCAGAAGAGAAUGAGACAUCCACUAUGCAGCCUAGAUUGAUAGCUAAAGGCAGUGACACUGUGAAGCAAAGGACUGACCUAGACCUUCAGAAAACUGACCAAGUUAAGGAGUCAUCUUGGAUGAAGUCAGUUGUUGAAACUGCAACUACAACUAACCAACCUACUGAAACAGCAGCAGUGACAGAAGAGUCUGAGGUGACGGUUAACAUACAAGCCAAAAUGCGCAUCAAAAAAUCUGAGGAGAUGCUUAAGGAUGGCAGACAUUCAGAAACAAUUAAGAAGCUAGAGGGAGAAACACCAAAAGACACUUCACAAACAGAGAAGACAGAGCCAAUUACUGUAAAACCUGGUGAGGUUGUGAAAAAUGAGGAUGCCAUUAAUGUGAAAACUGAGUCCGACAUUCAGGUGACAUUAACUGACCAAGUGGAGGAGUCCACUUCAGGUGUUAAAGUUGAAGACACCCAGAGUAUGACAACUGAGUCAGAUCUUCAGGAGAUUUUAACCAUGAAGGAGACACCAAAGGAUGCGCUACAACUAGAGGAGAUAGAGACAUCUGCUGCAAUGCCUGCAUUGGUUGAAACUAAAAUGAGCAAAAAAGAAAUUGAUAAAACGCCUACAGACAUCAGAGGUACAAAACAAAUUGAGGAGACUAAAGGACAGACAGUAGAGGAUACAGCGACAGCUGCUGUACAGGCUGUAUUCAUUGCAAAAGACAAGGACACCGAUGAUGCAAGUUCUAAGUCAGACCUUCAGGGGACAUUAACUGACCAAUUAAAAAAGUCCACCUCCAGGCCCAGGUUCAUUGACAGGUUUUCUGGUUAUAUACAUUCCACAGCUACUCAGCUUCUUGAAAAAUUUUCUGCAGUGCAACCUAACACAUCAUCCAAAACAGACAAUAAAGAAACAAAGAAAAUGCUCACAGCUAUUAAAGAUGCAGAACCGACAAAGGAACCUAAAGAAGAGGCAGGAAAAGAUGCACUAAAAUCUGAGGAGAUUGUAACAUCUGCUGUAAAGCCUUCAUUUGUUGUUAAGGACAAAUCUAGCUCAGCAGCUAGCUCAGCAGUUGAAGAUGCUGGUUCUGUUCAUGCCCCAACUACUCAACCUCUUGAAACAUUAACACUUGUGCUGGCUGACCCAGACACAGUUACUGAAGAGAAUACAUCACUGGAAUCAUCUCCUAAAGGAACUGAGAAGCAGAUGAAGUCAGUGCCUUUGAAAGCAAUGGAUGAAUGUGACAAAGACACUUUACCUACAGUUACCACAGACAGCAGAUCAGUUGGUCCUGAUUGCAUUACUGUACUGACCUCAACGGGGAGAGGAAAAUCCGAGGAGAUUGUAACAUCUACUGUAAAGCCUUCAUUUGUUGUUAAGGACAAACCUAGCUCAGCAGCUAGCUCAGCAGUUGAAUAUGCUGGUUCUGUUCCUGCCCCAACUACUCAAGCUCUUGAAACAUUAACACUUGUGCUGGCUGACCCAACUGCAAAGCAGAUGGAGUCAGUGCCUUUGAAAGCAAUGGAUAAAUGUGACAAAGACAGUUUACCUACAGUUACCACAGACAGCAGAUCAGUUGGUCCUGAUAGCAUUUCUGUACUGACCACAACGGUCCGGCCUGUUGAGACUUUAAUAUCAGAGAGAGUUGAUCUUGAGGUGCCGUCUAACUUACCAAGUGAAAUGCAAAGUAUAAUAACUGAGGAAACACUCAAGGACUUAAAACAUACAGAAACAGUGGAGACACCUGAAAUAAAGACACACACACAUACAAUAAAACCAGAAGAGACAGUUACAUCUGUUGUAACAGCUGUACCAGUUUUUAAGGACCAAUUUAAAGAGGCCAAAGCCAUCAUUACUGAGGAGAAAGAAGCAAUGGAAAGCACAGUUGUUAGCAAGGACCAACAGCCAAAAGGCUUGAGCUACAAGUUAGAGACUACACUACCUUCAUUGUUGCUGUCCCAUCCAGACAGAAAUACUGUUCCUUCAGAGGACACAACACUGCAGGAGGUGCAGAGUGAGAUGAAGGAGCAAAGAGAUCUGAUGGAGGCCAUCGCUCGCCAUAGCAGUAGCUCUGAUCUGGAGCAGGAGGAGCGGACUCAGUUUAGAACGCAUGCCGAAUCCAGUGGAGGAAGUUGCAGUGUCCCUGAGCAGCAGGUGCUGAUUGAAGAGACCUGGAGCGAACUUCACUCCAGACUGGAGCUUCUGCUGAACUCAUUAAGCACUAGAUCAGAGGUGAAAACUUUACCUGUAGAUAAAGAAGGGGGUGAUGCUGGAUCAUCUGUUACUCAGGAAAUGAAUGGACAUUAUGAGCGACUUUGGUGCAUUUACCUCAAUGCACUUAGGAUGGGAACUCCAGCUGCCGUACUGCAAUCAUGGCUGUGUGAGGCCUUGUCUCAUCUAAGUCACACACUCUCCAGGAUCACAUAUACACUUCACUCUCCAGCAGAGAUGAACAGAGAGGCUAGCCAGCUCCGAAUGCUAAAUCUGCAGUGUAUGUCUUCACAGCUGACUUCUAUAGCCAGUGUCAUAUGCAAUAUGGGAUCACAGUUCACUGGAGCGUUCAGUCCGGAGAAAUCUGAGGCCUCUCACUGUCUGGAGCAAAUCACUGCCUGCGUAUCUUCUGUUCAGAAAGCAGUAGCAUCUCAGGAGGAGGUGUUGAGCAGGGAGUUGGGUCAUACUCCACAGCUUCAGGCUGGAGAACAGUUGCUUGAAAGCCCAAUAUCUGUGUUGGCCAAGGAGCCUCAAAAACAGGAAUCAACCUCCCUCAUUCAGAAUCUCUCCAGUCUCCGACAGACUGUUUUUUACAGUGUGUGGAGGUUCAUGAGAGAACAAAAGGUUGUGGAAGGAGACGGUUCAGUGCUACACCGCUGCUCUCAAAAUAUUCUACAGGGACAGAGAAAUCUGCUGGAGUUGGGCUUUGAACGGCUACGAAGCAGCCAAAGCACUGAUGCGCUCAGCUGCAGCCAGCUUCAGAGCCUGCUCAAUGAACACAAGAGGUUCUACCAGGAGUUGAGGCGAUACCAUGCAAUGAUGCUGCAGAUAUCCAGGCAUCUACCAGAGGGGGCACUGCAUGGUCAAGAAGAGGUUGAGGGCUCAGUUUUAGAUCUAGUAUUACAAGCUCAAGAUCAAGGAAUUUACAUGCAGUACAUCUUACAGAAUCGCUCUCAGUAUAAGGAGAUGAAGGCAAAACUGGAGAGUCAGCUGCAGGAACUGGAGGCAGCAAUGCCCACAGACAACCUAGACUUUGAUCCUGAACCACAGCUACAUAACCGACUCCAAGCCUACGAACGGUUACAAGGGCUGCUUGAGGACACUAGGCCUCAGUUAGAGCUUCUUCAGGCCCAGAGCUCAUACUGGGAGCAAGUGGGCCAUGCAGGUCCAAGAUUGGAGCUCCAGACUAACUGGCAAUCACUGCAGCGACAACUGGAACAGGCGAUUCGACGAACAAAAGAAAUCAGAGUCAACUAUGAAAGGUUUAAGAGCAGCUCUUCUAAGCUGGAGGAGUGGCUAACUACAGCUCGUGGACAGGUGCAGAUGUGGACCAACCUCAGUAAUUCUGACCAACAGGAUUCAAAACUUCAACUGGCAAAGAUUAUGGACUUCUUUACGGAAGUGGAGAUCAGGUCUGUACAGAACACCACUGCAGUGAGAGCAGGUUCUCAGUUAUUACAGCUGUCUGACAGCGAGGCUCCAGAACUGCGCCAACAUCUGGCCAAGCUUGAGCAAGACUGGACAGAGCUCAACAACAGUCUACCGCCACUUAAGGACACCAUGCAACAGCUGUUGGCAGGCAUGGAUCAGAAUAAAAUUAUGGCUGAUCUGACCUCUUGGCUGGAGAACAUGCAGGGCAGACUGGAGGAGGAGGUCUCCAAAGAGCAUCAUAUUCUAAACUCCACUGAGCUCGCCACGCUCCUGCAGCAGCUAAAGAACUGUAAAGCAGAAAUGAUGAGUCGGCAGGCAUGUCUAGACUUUGUCAACCAAUCAGUGGACAAGGCAGGCAUUGUGGAGGAUGCAGCCAAUCGCAAUGAGCGCCUGAUCCUUGCCGAGCAACUGGGAACUCUCAAUCUCCAGUGGUUACUCCUACUAAGAAAAAUCAGUAACCAGAUAUGUGAAACUGAGCACAAAAUGCAGGACUGUCAAGACAGAGAGAAACAUCUGCAGAAACUACGCAGCUGGAUCGUACAGCAGGAUGAGAAGAUGAGGCAGAAUGAGUGGCCAGCUGGCUGGACACAGAUCCAGCAAUCUGUAAAAGAUUAUGAGGGGGAUAAAGAAAAGCUUAAAGUAAAAUCAGCUGAGCUGCUGCAGCUGAGAACUCUUCACUUAUUGGGGCAGAAGGAUGGACAGCACCCAGCAGAUCAGACGUACUCUUCAUUGGUGGAUGAUACAAGUCAGCAGUGCCAUGUUCUGAUGCAGCAGAUGGAUACAGUACAAGCUCCUCUGAUGCAGCUACAGGAACAGUGGAUUGAGUUUGAUGCAGGUGUAAAGAAAGCAGCUGAACAAACAGUGAAAAUGGCAUUUAAGAUGGAGUGCAGCAAAACUCCCAGGUUCUCACUUCAGCAGAGCAAAGACCAUUUAAAACAUCUCCAGGAGCUUUCUGUGGAGGUAGAACAAUCAGGGGAGGUUUGGACCAACUUAUCCAGCCAUUUCUCAGACCUAAAAGGAAAAAUCCAUCCUGGUACUGCUCUUCUUCUGUCUAAUCACCUUGACCAAGAAAAAACACGGUGGACAUUUUUGGUGCAUGAUGUGAAUCUGGCUCUGCAGAAAGCUAACACGGAGCUAGCUCUCUGGCAGGAGUACAGGCUGCUAUAUGAGGGCUGCUACGAGAGCUUGAGUCGUCACUGGGAACAGUGGGAGGCGUUCCAGAACCCUCUGGAAAAACAGGAGGACAGAGAAGAACUGAUUCACAGCAGAAUCAACUACAUUAGUGAACUGAAGAACAAACUGGAGGACUUGCAGGGCAGUGCUGGGAAUGUUUUAGAGGCUUCUAAGCUUCUCAUCGCACAGUUAGAACCCCAGGUAGCCCCCAUGAUACAAUCAGAGGCCAGGCUGCUUUCACGAGAUCUUGUGCAUCUGGGCCAGGCAGUGGCAAACACAAAAGAGCAUCUUGAGGAGGAACUGGAGGAACAAACUAGCUUCAGUAAUGAUUUGGGAUCACUUAAACAGGCUCUCCAAAAAUCUGAAAGUGAGCUGAGCUCUACUACUGCAAGCAUUGAGCCCAUAAAGCUGGCUGUUUUGGAGCUAAGUGGUCUGACCCCGGACCUCAGUGCUCUGAAUGAGCGCAGACUCAGGUUGUCUGUCAGUAAACAGGAAGCUGAGGAGGUGCAAGUCCUCAACAAAAACUGGAUAAGGGUCUUCUAUCAGGCCAUGAACAGACACAGAGAGAUGUAUAGUCAGCAGCUGCAUGCUUUGAGUUUCCAGCAGAAGUGCCAAGAUUGGAUGGUUUUGCUGGGAAAAAUGGAGUCCAGUUUAUCCAGCUGUAUUAUUGGAAAUGCUUCUACUAUAAAAGAAAGUCUUGCUGAACACCAGAAGCUGAAGAUAGAAGUGUUAAAUGGACAGCAGCUCCUGGACACAGUGGUCAAUGAGGCUCUGAGGUUUUUGGAGAGAGGUCAGGUUGAAGACCGGGGAGGUCUGAUCAUGAGGUUGACCCAGCUGAAGAAGCACUGGCAGAGCACACUGCUCAGGGUUCAGCAGCGCAGCAAAUGUUUACAGAGACAGACUGAGCAAUGGGAGUUCUAUAGGACAGGAUUGAAAAGGCUCAGGAGAUUCUUAAAGGACCUGGAACCACUGCUGUCCCCUGCUGGACUGGCAGCUUGCAGUCUACAGCAACACCGACAAUCAAUUCAGGACUAUAAGCUGGCUCAGGAACAGCUGAGCAUUCAUCAAGAACUCUACAGCCAGACUGCACAGGCAUGCAGGGAGAUCUUCCCUCUGGCAGAUGAGCAGACACAGGCCGAGCUGAUAGCUGAACUCGGGGCUUUGCAGGAAUUCUGGGAGCAGAGUUGUGGUCUGGUUGACACGAGGAAGACUCUCACUGAAAAUGUCAUUCAGAACUGGACUUGCUGUGAGACUGGACUUGCUGAACGUGCCCUCCAACUAAAAGAGAUCACUGUCAAACAGAAACAACCACCUCCAGACACACCCGAGCUUCAAGAGAACCUUUUUAAGGAGGACCAGGACUCUUUGGAGCAGUGGGAAGGAGGACUAAGGGAGCUGAUCACCAUGAAGGCGAACGUGUCGCAGUACGUGCUACCUACAGACACCAUGCUGCUGCAGGGUCAGGUGGAGCAACUGCACAGCCAGUGGGAAGAACUCUGCUUAAAGGUGUCCAGUCGAAAACAAGAGAUCGCCGACCGCCUCAAUGCCUGGAUAAUUUUUAACGACAAACAUAAGGAGCUUUGUGAUUGGCUCGCACAGAUGGAGAAAAGAGUUACACACAACAACGAGUACCUCAGCAUUGAAGAGAUGGUGGAGAAACUGAAAAAGGACUGCAUGGAGGAGAUUAACCUCUUCAGUGAGAAUAAGAGCCACCUUAAGCAGUUGGGGGAGCAGCUGCUGUUAGCCAGUGACCGUGCCAAAGAGGCCAAGAUCCACAACGCAUUGCAAGAUGUCAAUGACCGUUGGCAGCACCUGUUUGAGCAUAUUGAGACCAGGGUAAAGAAGCUGAAGGAGACUCAGACUGCUGUGCAGCAGUUAGAUAAGAACAUGAUUAACUUGCGAAUCUGGCUGUCCCGCAUCGAGGCUGAAUUGACCAAACCUAUACACUACAGCAUCUGCAAUGGAGAUGAGAUCCAGAAGCGACUGAAAGAGCAGCAGGAGCUGCAGAAGGAUAUCGAGCAGCACACUGAAGGUGUGACAUCUGUCCUCACACUCUGUGAAAUGUUGCUUCAUGAUGAGGACACAUGCAGCAGUGACCGUGAAAAUGAUUCCAUUCAGCUGACCACUCAUAGCCUGGACCGGCGCUGGAGAAACAUCUGCUCCCUGUCUCUGGAGAGAAAGAUCAGGAUUGAUGAGACAUGGCGGCUGUGGUGUAAGUUUCAGGACGACUAUGAACGCUUUGAAGACUGGCUGAAUCAAACCGAGCACACUGCUGCUCAACCUGAGCCAUCUGAUCUCUCCUACACUUUUGCCAAGGACGAGCUCAAAAGAUUCGAGGCAUUCCAGAGAGACGUACACGAUAAGCUAACCCAGCUAGAGAAUAUUAAUAACCAGUACAGAAGAUUGGCUCGUGAAAACCUCACUGAUUCAGCGAAGGAGCUCCGGACCAAGGUGCACUGCAGCAACGAGCGCUGGGACCAUUUAAACAAGAGAGUGGCAGCCAUACUUAGUCAACUGAAGCACUUUGUAGCUCAGAGAGAGGAGUUUGAGAGUACAAGGGAGAGCCUGAUGUUCUGGCUAACUAAAAUGGAACUGCAGCUUACCAAUGUGGAGCAUUUAUCAGAGGGUGAUGUCCAUCACAAGCUCAGCAAGCUCCAAGGUCUUAAAAAGGAAAUCACUCAGAACACGAAUAAGAUAGACGCUCUGCUUGUGUUUGGCGACGAUCUGAUCCAGAAAAGCACUCCACUGGAUGCAGCAUCAAUAGAGGGCGAGCUGCAGGAACUGCACUCGUACUGCCAGAAAGUGUUCAGCCGAGUGGGCUGCUUCCACCAGCGCCUUACCAGCUCUCAGUCUGAGAAUCCAGAUAUCUCUAUCAGUGAUGAUUCUGCAGUGAUGGAAACAUCUGAUGUAACAGAACUGAGCCAGGAAAAAUUAUCCAGUCAGGCCACCACGUCCCUCUUGGUUCCUCCACAGGAAUUCUCAGGCCGGGAGACCCCGCUCAGCGUCGAAUCUAUCCCUCUGGAAUGGGACCACACUGGGGAUGUGGGUGGUUCUUCCUCACAUGAUGAGGAUGAUGAUGCCAGCUUCUUCAGCAGUGCUACAGUUCCAGGACGGGAUGUGUUGGCGGGUCAGAACUGGCACUCCCAGGCUGCAGCAGAGGGGGUCACCUUUAACUUGCAGCCCAGACCUGCAGAUGCCAGCACACCCUAUAAACAAGGCUAUGUUGAACUCAUGUCCGAGUGCAGUAGCAGCAUUAGGAGUGUAAAAAGGGUCUCUCUGUUUCUGAAUGAUGAUGAACAGUUGGAUGACCAAGGUCUCACUGGCCUUGCAGCUUCAGAUCACCAGACAGGAGUGAUCGAGCGCUGGGAGCUUCUGCAGGCGCGCACAGUCAACAAAGAGCACUGUCACAGCAGUGACCCCAAACAGCUGAGAUUUGACCUUCAGAACAUCACCCGUUGGCUGGCUAAAGUCACCCCUGAACUUGAGAGACUCCGAGAAGCAGAGACAUCAAGUGUUAGCAUCAAGAUCAUAGAGGACAGGGUCAAACAGCUCAAGGAAAUGCAGAAGGACUUUGCUUGCUAUAAAACACUGAUGUUGAGCCUGAAUUUGGGCGGGCGGGAGUUGCAGCAAGAGGCAAGUCCAGAUGUGCAGCAGCUGCAGGAAGGAUUGGCAGGCAUGAACCAAAGCUGGACAGAUGCCUGCACAAGCCUAGAAGGGUGGGAGGACAGUCUAAGGAAAUCACUUAUGCACUGCCAGGAGUUCCAUGAGACGUUGCACUCUCUCUUGUUGUGGCUGGCCCAUGCCGAGAGCAGGAGAUUCAUCGUUAAUAUCCAUGAUCCAUCUGUACAGCCCUCCGUGCUGCAGGAGCACAGAACUGCACUGCAGGGGCUGAAGGAUGAGUUGAAGACCAGGCAGAGGAAAGUACUCUCUCUGCAGGAGAUUGCCUCACAGCUGCUCCCUGAAUCCAGCUCGGAGGACGGAUCUGAUGCCACAGAGAAACUUCACGUCAUCCACAACAAAUUAUGCCUGCUGCUGCGUCAGGUCAAGCAGGACCUCCAAAAUGUUCAAGAGCGCUUGGAGUCAUCUGAGGCGGCGGCUGUGGGAGGUCAAGAUCCUGGAGCUUUAUCUACAGAGCCAAGUGCUGAAGCUGUUGCUGAUAAUACAGCAACAGGCGCUGCUAGGGUGGAGAACAGAGACGCGCCCCCUCGACGCUCUUUCUUCUAUCGGGUUUUAAGGGCAGCCUUCCCCCUUCACAUCCUUUUCCUUUUGCUACUGAUUCUGACCUGUCUGGUACCAUUGUCCGAGGAAGACUACAGCUGUACUCUCUCCAAUACCUUUGCUCGUUCUUUUCAUCCCAUGCUGCGUUACACUAAUGGACCUCCUCCUACGUAAAAAACAAGCACACACACACACACACACACACACACACCCACACCCACACCCACACCCACACCCACACAAACACACACGACCAACAAACUGGUCUGAUUCCAAAGUGACCCAUCUAAACUGUUAAUGCACUGCUAUGUAGAAUAAUCCAGAAAUAUAUUUUAUCAAGUGUAUUUAAAAAUUCGAUUUUAUACUAUUUAUCCCCAAAGCCAUACUACUGAGAACUAUAUUGUUUUUAAGGUAAAUUCAGAUAUCAUACUAUACUUAAUCAUGCUUUUACAUUCAUGUAAUUUUUAAUGUCACUGAGCAAAUGUUAAGGCACAUAUUUAGACUUUGGGUCACUAUAUCUGGGCUGUGUUAAGUCAUCCUGUCAUCAUUUACUAUUCAUGUAUGUGUAAAAUUAGGUUAGAAAAAAUUAAGUGGUGGUGGAUAAUAUAAAAUAUUAUUAUGUUUUUGCCAGACAAUGUUUGCUUUACAGAUCAAGCAUAUUUGACUUUAAUAUCCAUAAUUUCCAUCUUUUGUUAUUGAAUGUUUUGGGGUUUAAUUGGACUCACAGAAUAACACUAAUUUCUAACUCUAUUAUUUGUAUAUUUGUUCUUGCAGGUUUCUUCUUCAUUCAAGUUUUAUGAGUGUAAAUAGAAUUUGAAUCAUUAAGAUUGGGGAUAUGUACAGAAAUUUCAGAAUGUUCUUUUAAUGUAUUCUCUCUAUCGGGGCAAUAAAU